AUGAACUUGCACAAGGUUCCUUUCAAUGGCAGAGUGGCUGUCAUUGGUGGUGGGAUAUCUGGAUUGUCGUUUAGUUACUUUUUAAACAAAUUGAGACCGGAUAUAAAGAUAGCUAUAUUUGAAUCUCAAAACCAACCUGGCGGAUGGAUUAAAUCAGAAUACUUACAAUUAAAUAAUGACAAACAAAAAGUUUUGUUAGAAAAAGGACCUAGAACAUUGAGAGGUGUUAGUGGCGGUUCACUAUUGAUCAUAGAUAUUUUACGGAACUUGAAUCAGUCGAGUGAAAUAGAAGUGAUGGCGCAUGAUUCGAUUGCAAACAGAAAAUACUUGUUAUCUGGAGAGAAUAGGUUAAUCCAGGUCCCUAAUUCCCUAAAUACUUUUUUCAAGUUCAUAAGUAGUGGUAUUAUAAGUGGAAUUCCUAAAGGAAUACUCCAGGAACCGUUUACCAAGAGUAAAUUGCCAGCAAAUGAAGAUGAGAGUGUGGAAAGUUUCAUUUCCCGAAGAUUCGGGAAUAGUAAGUUGUCCAACAAUAUUCUCAGUGGAAUCUUGCAUGGUAUUUAUGCUGGAGAUAUUUCCAAGCUUAGUGUACGCUCUAUUUUGCCUAGUUUAGUUAAUCUUGAAACUGAAAAUGGAUCAAUAAUUAGGGGCAUGAUUAAGAAAACGAGGCAAACUGCUCCAAAAGAAAAGUUAUCUCCCUCCUUAGUGAGCUAUGAAGAUAAGAUUUCUAAGAAUAGUAAUUUACUAGAACUAUCUACCACUUUAAAAAAAUAUCCUAUGGUUAGGUUGAAACACGGAUUACAGACGCUUCCCAUAAGCAUGGCGAAAUAUUUACAACUGCAACCAAAUGUAGAAAUCCAUUACAAUUCUAAAAUACAAGAAAUUAAUGCAGAAAAAUGCCAAAUAGUUGUAAAUAAUCAGAUUCAGCAUUACGAUCACAUUAGAUCAACUAUCAACACCAAUACAUUAAGCAAAUUAAUUACACACAGUGAAAUUAAGGCGGCUUUACCUUUAGAAUAUGUAUCUAUAUUUUUAGUGAAUAUUUACUGCCCCAAACCUAUAUUGAUACCACCAUACAUGAAUGGAUUUGGCUUUCUUGUUCCAAAAGCUAAUCAAAAUCACGAAUGCCUACUAGGAAUUAUAUACGAUUCAGAUAUAGAGCAUCAUGUUCAGUCUUUAUAUCUGCAUGAGAGACCUUCGUCGGAUAAUUAUAAUAAAAUAACCUUAAUGAUGGGAGGCCAUUAUUAUAACAAAAUAGGAAUCCCUUCGAACAACAUGAAUAUGAAGGCGAUAAAGAAAAUUUUGUCCUCAGUUCUCAAUAUCAACUUAGAGAAGUAUAAUCUUGUAUUCAGAAAUGAAGUUGAAGUCAACGAUAAGUCACUUUCUCUCGAAGAAAAUGAUAUUUUGAUUUCUUAUAAUUUACAUCGUGAUUGCAUCCCCCAAUAUAACGUUGGUUACGAGAAACAGAAGCAAAAGGUGUUCGAAGUUAUGAAUCAACAGCUUAACGGUAAAUUAUCACUAGGAGGAAUGGGCUUCGCCACAGGUAUUGGGGUACCAGAUUGCGUCAUGAAUGGAUUAGAAGAUUCAUUGAAACUAGCAUAA